AAACAAAAGAAAUAUAAAGUUUAAUAUCUUUUUUUUUUUUUUUUUUAUAAAUAAUUUAAGUUUUCACAUAAUUUAUUGCUUAAAUAUUUCCAAUACAGACAAAAUUUUAGAGAUGACAGAGGCACCAAAUGAAGUGAAAUGUUUACAACAAAAUACCUUAAACUGAAUUUGUGUUGUCAUCAUAGUUUGGGUCACCUGCCAAGGAUGUGUGUUCGGCCUGUUUGACACCCGUCUAUCCGAUGGAAAAAAUGGUGGCCAAUAAACUUGUCCUGCACAACAACUGUUUCUGCUGUAAACACUGUAGGAAGAAGCUCAGCCUCCACAACUAUUCGUCUCUCUAUGGGGAGUUCUACUGCAUUCCUCAUUACAAACAGCUUUUUAAGAGAUCAGGAAAUUAUGAUGAGGGAUUCGGUCACAAGCAACACAAAGACCACUGGCUCAAGAAAAAUGAAGGCACUGAUGAAGCAGAUGCUGCGACGAAAGCUAAAAUAAGAAAAAGCUAUGUAAAAAUAUCUGAUGGCUCCCGUGAGUCUUCUGCUGCAGCGUCAGUCACAAAAACAUUAGCAAGAGAUUUGGGAUCAAACAGUGGUGCGGAGGUGAAGGGCAAACUGAAGAGGAGCUGGCCACCAGAGAAGAAGAGUCCGGGGGUUAAUCCAGCAGCGCAGCGAUCAUAUGUGAAAAAUAAGAUAUCCGACAUUGGCAAAGCAUCAGAGCAUCACAAAAGUGACCAAUUAAGGAUGAACUACAGUGGAGAAAUGAGCGAUAAAGUGAAGACGUUGUCCUUUAUUUCAGGGGUCAAGGGACAAUCAAAGACGAUGGUUUCCAACUCAGCUGAAAGUCCAAUAUCAGAGGAAACAAAAAGCAAAAACAGCGUCUCUCUGACAGUGCAUAACUCGUCCUCGCCUUCACUGGAAAAGGGUAUAACUGUCACAAACCAGAAAACCAGAAAGGAAAAUGUGGCACCCACCUCAAAGACAAACUACAAUCCAACAUCUUACAGGCUGGACUCUUAUCAAAAUAAAGUCAGGAAGUCCGUACGGUUUGCUUCAAGUGUUGAUAUCGCUCAGUAUGAGCAGUCCUCACACCAAACUACUGGAGCCAAGGGUGAAGAGCAAAGUAAGCAGUUUACAGAUGAAACUGAGCAGAGCAAAGUGAGCAAUGAUAUAAAAGAUGCAAGUGACAAAAAUAACUCGUCAUUUGAGUUUAGCAAAGAGCAGGGCAAGAGUGAGGCGAGCAAAGAGCCUGACGUUAAAGUAGAGAGCAGUCAAGAGGUCCUGCAGACUGAUGUCACAGGUCUUUAUGAGGUCCACCUGACAGCUGGAGCCAAAGGUGAAGAGCAAAGUACGCAGCUUACAGAUCAAACUGAACAGAGCAAAGUGAGAAAAUCAAAGGAUACAAAAGACAUCACUGACGAAAAUAACUCUGAGUUCAGCAAAGAACAGAGCAAUAGCGAGGUGAGCCUUGAAAUCAUUGAGUCUAAAAGCCACAAAGAAACAAGCAAAGCGUCUGAUGACAAAUUGGAGAGCAUCGAAGAGGUUCCACAGAAUGAUUUACCAGUUCUGCAUGAAGUCGUAGACGAGGUUGAUACUUCAUCUGAAGAAGUUGCAAAAUACCAAGAUGAAUCUAAGAUAUCCCAAGUCAUUCCACGAAACUCUGUCAAUCUGUGCGAAUCAGAAAAUCUGUGCACUCCACAAAAUCCUGCAGAACAUACGACCGCAGAAGAGGCCCGCUGUGAGAAGAAUAAAAACCUACUUGAAAAGACUAGCGACCAAGAAAAUGGAAUUAGUCAGAAGAAGCCCAUUGUGAGAACAAACUCUGUGCGCGGUUCAGCAAAACAGGCUGAAAAGACGAAGCCCAAACUGGGAUCCUGGUCCAAAGGGAAGAGUCCUUUGUCAAAGCUCUUCACGUCAAGCGGAAAUGACAGCAAGGUUGAAUCAAAAGAUGCUAAGAAACCCGAUGUCAAACCUGGUGGUGGACUUUUGGGAAGACUGUUUCAGUCAUCCUCUGAGAAGACUGAAGACGCCACGAAAUCAGCUGCGCAAGAUGGAAGAAAUUAUAAAGCAGGUGAUGAUGACAAAAAGUCAGAGGAGGUAAUGGAGGCCGUUACAAAAGAGCUGCAAAAACAGUCUCCAGAAUUUCUUCAAGAACAAGAGGCUGCAGAGCGUAUAAAGGAAAAGUUACACUCUGCUGAGCCCAAAAGCGAGGUGGUGAUCGAAACCGACCAGCUCAAGAAACGGGAAGAUGACCGAACAGAUCCCGAACAAACAGAUGAUCAAGAAUCAAACGUACAAAGCAGUGGCCUUUCUGUAACUGAUUCCAGAAAAGAUGAGUGUAAAGAUCUUUCCAUCACAGUACAACCAGUGAACCAGGCAUCUGAGGAGUCGAUCAGUCCGUUAACAGCUGAGAAAGGUUGUGAAAUUUUGAGUGAUCCAUUUAAUGAUGAUAUUUUAGCCCCUGUUGCACCACCGGACAAUCAGAUGAAUUCUGAAGAAUCUGCUCAAAAGCCAGUUGAACUACUGGAUGCAUCAGACGCAGGAGGAGGAGAUCUUGAUCUGAACAGCGAAAACUCCUCUAAUCCUUUUGGUCCAGAGAUUUUCGUGAACACCCCUGCCAAUACUUCUUCUGUGAGUGGCACUGCUUUGUCCGCAGCUGCUCCAACUGAUGGUUUUAGCCUGUUUGACUCUCCACCAACAUCAGCUCACAAUGACGUGAUGCUCGGCCUGACAGAUCAGCUCGUGGUCCCUGAUUUAGCGCAAGAUAAGGAUCAAACCUCAACUCCUUUUGCUACAAACAACCAGGUGAGAGAGCAGGGUGCAGACUUUGACAUAUUCGGCUCAAACGACGUGCUGUUCGCUCAGCCGCCUCCUGUUUCCCUCCAAGCUGACGUUUCCUCAACCCAACCGCCUGCCUUCCCUGAUGACAUAUUUGGUGAUGUGUUUACAUUGUCACCAUCCACCACAGUGGCUUCUAACUCAGUGAAUGAUUUACUUGAUCUGCCCUCCAGUGCUGCUCCUUCAGCUCAGACAGAUCUCUUUGCCGACAGCAUCUUUGCAUCAGAGCCACAGUUGCUGCCAGUGUCUGAGCCGAGUGAUGUCAACUUUUUUGGGGACAGUCUUCUUGUGUCUGACAACACAGAGAAAACAGCAGAAAGUGUCGUUACAGACAGCAGCUGGAUGGAUGAUUUGCUCGGGUAAAAGCAGGACUGUGUUUACUGACACUUUUUCAUCCUAACUUGUCAAAUACCGCUGUUUGGUCAGCUGACUUUCAUGUCACGCCAGAUAUCCUUGUACAUUUGCUCAUAAAGUUUCGGACAGCACGUCCAACACGUUUGCAUCCCAAAUCAUCACAUAUUGAUAAUGUGUCUGUUGACUUCUGCUUCUACAUAUUACGCUCUAGGUAUCCUUCUGUGUCUGUUGACAUUAUGGGAUGCUGCUACCAAUGCAAAGAUGUGGCAUUUCACUACAAAAACACGUGGUUAUGUUUAGGCAACAAAAGCACAUAGCAACCAUCGCUGGGAAGUCAGUAAUAUCACAUGGUAGGAUUACACAACAAAGGGAUGAUUAGGAUUAGACAAAAAAGCCACAUGACAAGGUGCAGAAAAAAACCCAUCACACUCUGACGGGAAGCCAACACAGGACUCAAAAAUGAAAGUCCGGGGCUUGUUGGUCGAAUCCCGUUGUCCUAUAGGGACCUUCAUGCACGUUAUAUUACAUACUUACUGCCAGUGUUUCAAUUUGACACUGUUGCGUCUGGUGUAUCAUGCGGACACCAGACGCAACAAUGUCAGGUGACGUUCUGUCAGGUGACUAAUCAGCUGACGUCAUUAGCCUGCGUAUCAUGCUGCCACAACGGAUGCUGUAUGGCCGACCGGUGGCAUAUCAUAACGGCGUGAACGGUUCUGUAUAGCUGGGUACUCAGCUAAACCAUGAAACCAUGAAAGGUGGCUUUUGAGGUUGGGAUCGUAUGCUGAAAUAUUACGCCUGAUACAUGCAUUAUGCCUUUUCAAAAUACACCUCAGUUUUCACAGGAAAUGUACAGAUUCUGCCCCUUAGAUGCAUAUUAGAACUUCAGUAUUUUUGUUAAUUUCAUUGUACAACAAAAGCACGUGGUUAGCUUUAGUAAACAUCACUAUGGUUUGGCUCAAAACUGUUUUAGGAAGCAGACAGCAGGCUCCCGGGAAAAGUCCAGGGUUUGUUGGACCCAUCCACCACCCUUCCAGUACGCCCUAUAAGUACUUUGCAGCUCCUUGUAUUAGUGUUACUAGUGCAGUUUCGAAGUGGCGGCAUCUUACCAUUCCCCCAUGAAAGGUGCCUUUUUGUGUCACUGCUUCACCUCCGAAAUCACUGACCAAUCAGCAGUAUUUGAAAAGUUUGUAGUGUAAUGAGCUGUGUUAAAAUGAUGUAACACACAGCAUUUGAGUGAAACUAAAAGAUGUUUUCAAGAUGCAUUUUUGUGCUGCGUUCCAUUUACCUCGGGAGUCGGAGCUUGAAAUGACUCAACACUCGAGCUGACCAAGUUCCCGUACAAGUUAGAAAAACAAAGACGUUGUUAUUAAAACCAGUUGACAAAAACAUAUUACACAGUAUUUGUGCAUACAAACACUGUAACAUGACCACAGAUAUACAUUGGACAGGACUGUGUGUACAAAUGUUUUAAUGAGACACAAGUAAGACAAAGUGCUAAUAAACAGUAUAUUAUUACAAAUUUUGCUACUGUUGAUGUGCAGAGCGACUACUGGAUUUUGAGUUUCUAACAAUUUACAUUUAAUGAAUUAAAAAAUCAAUAUUGUUUUCAUUUCCUAUUGUAAUUUUACGUUUUUGUGGAUGUCUUUAUAUAACUGCUACAAAUCAAUGCAUUUUAUGUUGUGAAUGUGAUUUUCUUUUAAAGUUAAAAGUCCCUGUGAAAUGAAAAAUAAAUUUUCCCAGUUUUAAAUUGAUACCUAAAUCUCUCAGCUCAACUCUCAGCUAUGUGAAUUGUUAUGUGGAAAAUGCAUGUAGUUUGCUAUUAUUAAAAAAAGUUUGAUCA